AUGGCAAAUGCGACGGAUGCUUAUUGCGUGCCCGGCGCCACCAAUUUUAACAAAGCGUAUAGUAGGCUACAUGGCUAUAUCGCGAUAGUAAUAUGUAUUAUUGGAUCCGCUACUAACUCUAUUAAUAUCGCUGUACUUAGUCGUCGUGAAAUGACCACUCCUACAAAUUCAAUUCUAACAGGUCUCGCUGUGGCAGAUCUCCUCGUCAUGCUGGAGUACAUUCCGUACGCUUUGCAUAUGAACAUCAAAAUAGGCCCACAAGUCAAUAAAAAUACCUACGCCUGGGCGGUCUUUGUCUACUUCCAUUCAAUUUUUAGUCAAACAUUCCACACGAUAUCGAUUUGGCUAGCAGUAACAUUAGCUGUUUGGCGGUAUGUGGCUAUUGCUUUUCCGCAAAAAAACAGAACAUGGUGCAGUAAAAGUAAUACAACUAUGGCAAUAGUAAGCGCUUAUGUCAUUUGUCCUUUUUUAUGUUUACCCAUAUAUUUUGCAAUGAACAUAAUACCGAGUGAAGUGACAUCACACAAUAAUUCAGAGUUUGCCGAGGACUUAUCGUUACCGCAAAACCGGACCGUAUAUGUAUUAGAAAUGUCUAAAAAUAAAGAAUUAGUUACCGCAAUAAUGUGGAUUUACAGUGUUAUUUUAAAAUUGGUUCCUAGCAUAGCUUUGUCUGUGUUAAGUACUUGUUUAAUUUCGAAGUUAACAACUACAGAAAGAAGACGACAAAAGUUGCUAAAGCGUUCGACUAUAGGAUCCAACGAGGCUGAAAAGCAGUCUUUGGCUGAAGAGUCAUCAGCGAGACGAUCAAGUCGGACAGACAGAACAACGAGGAUGUUACUGGCGGUCCUUGGACUCUUUCUCUCCACCGAAGUUCCACAAGGCCUCUUGGGCCUUGCGAGUGCAUUAGCGCCAGACUUUUUUAAAAGCUGUUAUAAUAUGUUUGGUGACCUGAUGGACGUGUUGGCAUUAUUCACGUCGUCAGUAAACUUUGUGCUGUACUGCAGUAUGAGUAGACAGUUUCGGUGCACCUUUGCUAGAUUAGCGCGACGCAUGCUGUACGCGGCGGAGGAGCCGGCAAAAUUCGGUACUAAACUUGAACCUACAACACAGGUCACCGGUCCGCUAUAGCGACAGAUCCCCGCCCUCGCCACGGUGGAGGAUAUUAUAUAGAUUUGAACAGAUCUAUCCCGCCCUUUUAAAGUGUACAUAUAGAACUCUCGUGUAGUGUAAUAAUUGUAUACUUUACAAGAUAACAGUUUUUGUUAUGACUUUUAUUAAAAUAAAAAUAAGUGAAUGUUUCGUUUUAUAAGUAGAAUAAGGUAUGAGGUAGGUACAUAAUUCUGUUUUAAGUAUUUUGUAUAAUUCUUGUAAAUUAUGAGUCUUAUACUAUUUGUUUGUAUAUACGUACUAGGUAAAUUCUAUUCUAGUCUUUGCGUCUUUUGAGCCGAGACGCAAAAACUACCUAACCUUAGAGUAACAUUUAAAUUAAUAUACGUAACAUAUUAUGUCAUGUAAUUAUAAUAAGGUCAUCUUCCUCAGUUAUAUUGUUAGGGUCCAAAAUGUGUUUUUAUUAUUAUUUUAAUAAAUUGUAUAUGUAAGUGUAUAUACUUUCUUUUCAAAUAUCUAAAUAAGAAUUUGAAUUCUUUUUCAUAAAUAUUUUAUAUACUGUAUAGUGUCAUUGUCUUUUCUUAUACUCUUUUAAUAAAGGUAUUGAACCAA